CCGAGGCACACUUCCGGUUUAUGUUGGAAAGAAUGAUCAAGAAUAUGUGAAUUAUGUCAAUUCGAUACGGACACAUCUAUCAUAAAGACUUAUUUUCAGAGUCGAUAUAGCUACCAGAUACAGUUUUAUAAGUCUUGAUGUGAUUGUCGACGUCAGGUGCAGCUGAAGAAUAACAGUAUUGAAGAAGAUCCUCAUCCUGUCAAAUGACAUUUGAGGCCUACGAGUUGACGUCCCCAAAAUGAACACUUUCUCUCCUGAUGUUUCGAUACAUAACUGAUUAUAACAGAUACAUACACUGAGUCAACUUAUAUUUUUAAAAUGAAAUAAUUGUUUUCAGAGAAUUUGGACAACCUAGCUACUGUUGACAUUUGACUCGAUCGAGAAUGGCGGAGGAGGAUAGGAAGUCCUGUUGGGUGUGUUUUGCUACAGAGGAGGAUGACAGGGAUGCCACCUGGGUCCAGCCUUGUCGUUGUCGAGGAACAACGAAAUGGGUCCAUCAGAACUGUCUACAGCGAUGGAUAGACGAGAAACAGAAAGGCAACAGCACCGCCAAGGUGGCUUGUCCACAAUGCAACACAGAAUAUGUCAUUAUAUUCCCUAAAGUGGGUCCGAUGGUUUACAUCAUGGAUGUUGCUGACAAAGUAAUCUACAAAAUGUGUCCUUUUGUUGCUGGCGGUAUUUUCAUUGGGUCAGUUUACUGGACGGCAGUGACGUAUGGUGCUGUGACUGUGAUGCAGGUUUUAGGUCACAAGGAGGGGUUAAAUGUGAUGGAGCGGGCCGACCCCUUGUUCCUCCUCAUCGGCCUGCCGACCAUUCCCGUCAUGUUGAUUCUUGGCAAGAUGGUUCACUGGGAGGAUUAUAUACUGAGGUUGUGGAGGAAACACUCUGCCAAGCUGCCAUUCUUUAACUACUUGUUUUCUGAUGAAUACUCGAAGAACAUGCGCAUCCCCGCUGAGACGGCUCCCCUGUCUGACCCACUGUGUGCCACACGUGUCCUUUGUGGAGCUCUCAUUCUGCCAACCAUUGCCACGAUUGUCGGGAAACUCAUGUUUGGAUCGGUCCAAUCAAACUUCCAAAGAACUUUGUUGGGAGGGAUCGCAUUCAUUACCAUAAAAGGUGUUCUUAAAAUAUAUUACAAACAACAGCAGUACCAACGACAGGCCAACCGUGUCAUUGUGGACUUCCCCAGUGAAACACAGAUGUAAGGUCAAGGACUGGGAAGGUCAAGGUUGACACGGAUCAUGAACUGGACUUUCUCAUAUAUGUCUGUAGUCAAAAGUUGACCUGUAAGCUGACACAGGUCUACAAUCAUUGACUCGGACAAAAUAUUGUUGACUCUAGACAUCUUUAACAGGCUAUUUACUAAACAGGAAAAUACAUGGUUUCAAGGUCAUCAUGUUAGACAAUGUUGAAACUUGCCUCACAUCUAGUGCCAGAUAUGAGUUGAGAUGAAAUACUGAUGAUAUUACGAGAUGUUGGGUAACAUCUGGCCAUGUGAUGCUGUCCAGCUGGAGUGUUUGUUCCGAGCGCAGACAUGUAUCAAACUCUCAGGUGUAUGUCCACCCCUGAUGGUCAGAAAAUACCACUGCCAACCAACAAAAUGAUUCUAUCAGUAUAACGGAAAGUUUACAUUUACAAAGCCAUUAUUUGUUCGUCACUUUGUCUUUAUAAGAUUGUAAGUAACCUUGGUGUCCUACCUGAAGCUAUGGCACUAUUUGUAAAAUCACAUCAAAGUUAUCAGGUAACACUCGCACCAAAAUUUACAAGUAAUGUCACAAUUUGUACCUGAUAUUGUCAUUCCAAAGAGGAAUAUCAAAGUGAUAAAGGAUGGAUUUCUCCAAGAAAUUUCAAGAUUAUGAAGAGUUUGAUUUCAUAGCAAAUAUCAAGAUUAUAAAGGAUUGGAUUCCACAGGGCAAAUCAAAGUUGCAAAAGGUUGGAAUUGAAUAUCAGGAUUACAAAAGGGUUUGGUUUCAACAGGAAAUUUCAAGGUAAUAAAGGGUUGGAUUCCACUGGGAAUUUCAAAGUUACGAAAGGGUUGGCAAUAGUUGGGAGAUUUGGUUAGCCUUUUUCUGGAGUAUUGUGCGGGGACCUAUAUCUAAUGAUUAAGUCAAUGAUACUGCUUAUGAAUAUGUAAUGAUAUAACAGUAAGUUGUUUAAAGGAAAGUUACCACAGCAUUUGUCAUGGAACUAGUGAUGCUCUAGUGUUUUGAGUGUUAAGUUUUGAAUGCCUUUCAAAUGGCAUGCACAAUCACAUGAAUGUAAAAGCAUGGGCAUUCAUAGUGAAAUGAAUGCAGACUUCACACAAAAACAUGUGUUACUCGGUAAGAAGUGGUUUUCUAGUUUUGGAUCAGUUGACAUUGACUAAAUGCCAUGUGAAAGCCUGUCAGGUGUUAACGACUUAAAGUACAGUUUUGUGGAAUCAUUUCAAACUAUUGAAUAAAAAAAGACAGAAAAUGUUCAUAAAAGUGGUGAUCCAAGGAUCAAGCUAUGGCUUUUGUAAGGCUAUGUCUGUAAUUGUUUCGUUGGGUUUGUACAGAGAGGGGAACAAAAUAGUAAAUAACUAAACUGGACUUGGUUGAUCGCUGUUCAGACAACUGGACUUGGUUGAUCGCUGUUCAGACAACUGGACUUGGUUGAUCACUGGUCAGACAACUGGACUUGGUUGAUCGCUGGUCAGACAACUGGACUUGGUUGAUCGCUGGUCAGACAAGGUAGCUCAGUUGCUUAGAGCGUCUUUUGAAUAAGACGUGCAUGGGGUCUCUCUACCAGGUGUAAAUACCGCCCUGCUUUGACUGUUAAAAGUAUUGCCAUAUGAUUUGUUUACAUACCAAGUGUAAAGAUAUGUUUGUUCUGUUGAAUUCAACGAGUAUCAGCUCAGAGCUGACUAAAAUAAUGGAUUGAUGGUGCAGUUUCCUUUGAUAUCUGUGUCUCUGGGAUCCAAUCAUUAAAGUGACACAUGUAGUAUAUGCAUGACCAUUAGUCAAGUAGCAAUACUGUAAAUCACCUUAAUUUCCUCAAGAGAUUAAUUUUCGUGAUAACUCAUGAGGAGACUUAUUCUGGAAUUUAAAUUUUGGGUAAUAUUCAUUCCAAAGAUAUUUAUUUAUACAUCAAUCCAGGAUUCAAGGAAUUGAAAAUGAAACCCACAGACAUACAGCCUCGUGCCAAGAGUAUUCAUUAUUUACCUGUUUUUAUUCCACAUUUCAUGAAUCUUAACAAAUUUUAUCAUUUUAAUUCCCCUGGGCUAAUUGCAGCACCACUGAAACCAAAAUUUGCAUAUUGAAUGAUAUGUUUCUAAAUUAUAAUCUGAAAAAGCUUCAAAACAAUUGUGUUGACUGGUUUUUGAGGUGUGACAAAUUAUUCAGUUGAAAUUGGUUUUGCUGUGCCAUUUUGUUCUUUGCCUUGUUCUUUUCAGUUGACAAUAAUUGACUGCAAGAAAAUUAAAUGAAAAAUGAAAGAGAUGCAUAAACUAAAAAAGUAAAUCGGGGCAAAUCGUGCAUACUGUACUUUUGACUUGAUGCUGUGGUUCGUAAAAUAAAGUAAAAUG